CAGUAAAGGAAAAAAAGACAUAAAAAAGGUUUUCCAGAGAGGCAGUGCCUGCAGCACUUCACUUGGAUCACCUCUGCUUCUUCAGCUUGGAAAUCCUAACAACCCUCCCCCCCAGUAAAAACAAAACCAAACAACUGACACUUGAUCUGAAAGGAGAGGAAAAAACAAACAAACAAACAGAACCCCAAACCAAACCACCCCCACCCCAAAGCUGUGACCAAUGGACAAUAUGUCUAUUACUAACACGCCCACAAGUAAUGAUGCUUGUCUGAGCAUUGUGCACAGCUUGAUGUGCCAUCGCCAGGGCGGAGAGAGCGAGACCUUCGCCAAGCGCGCCAUCGAGAGCCUAGUGAAGAAGCUGAAGGAGAAGAAGGAUGAGCUGGAUUCACUGAUCACAGCCAUCACCACCAACGGGGCUCACCCCAGCAAGUGUGUCACAAUACAGAGGACGCUGGAUGGGAGGCUUCAGGUGGCUGGUCGCAAGGGGUUCCCUCAUGUGAUUUAUGCUCGUCUUUGGAGGUGGCCUGAUCUUCACAAAAAUGAACUCAAGCAUGUUAAAUAUUGUCAGUAUGCUUUUGACUUAAAAUGUGACAGUGUCUGUGUAAACCCUUACCAUUACGAGCGUGUAGUAUCGCCUGGCAUUGAUCUUUCAGGACUGACACUACAGAAUUCUGCUCCAUCAAGCAUGUUGGUGAAGGACGAAUACGUUCAUGACUAUGAGGGGCAGCCGUCGUUGUCUUCUGCUGAAGGCCACUCAGUCCAAACCAUCCAGCACCCACCCAGUAACAGGGCAUCUACAGAGCCUUAUAGCACCCCAGCCAUGCUAGCUCCUGCUGAGGCUAGCACUACCAGCACCACUAAUUUUCCCAACAUUCCUGUGGCUUCAACAAGUCAACCUACCAGUAUAUUGACAGGUAGCCAUAGUGAUGGACUCUUACAGAUUGCUUCAGGGCCUCAGCCAGGAACUCAGCAGAAUGGGUUUACAGCUCAGCCAGCCACUUACCAUCACAAUAGUACUACAACCUGGACUGGAAGUCGGACAGCAGCCUACACACCUACCAUACCUCACCACCAGAAUGGCCAUCUUCAGCAUCACCCACCUAUGCAUCCUGGACAUUACUGGCCAGUUCACAACGAGCUUGCAUUCCAGCCUCCUAUAUCAAAUCAUCCUGCUCCAGAAUAUUGGUGUUCCAUUGCAUACUUCGAAAUGGAUGUGCAGGUUGGGGAAACAUUUAAGGUCCCUUCCAGCUGUCCCAUUGUCACUGUUGAUGGGUAUGUGGAUCCCUCUGGAGGAGACCGGUUUUGCCUGGGCCAGCUUUCCAACGUGCAUAGAACAGAAGCCAUCGAGAGAGCAAGGUUGCACAUAGGUAAAGGGGUGCAGCUGGAGUGCAAAGGAGAAGGUGACGUGUGGGUUCGGUGCCUCAGCGACCACGCGGUCUUCGUGCAGAGCUACUACCUGGACAGAGAAGCAGGACGUGCACCAGGGGAUGCUGUACACAAGAUUUACCCAAGUGCAUACAUAAAGGUGUUUGAUUUACGCCAGUGUCACCGUCAGAUGCAGCAGCAGGCUGCCACUGCCCAAGCUGCUGCUGCUGCCCAAGCUGCAGCAGUAGCUGGAAACAUCCCUGGACCAGGAUCAGUAGGUGGAAUAGCCCCAGCCAUUAGUCUGUCAGCUGCUGCUGGAAUUGGUGUGGACGACCUGCGCCGCUUGUGCAUACUCAGGAUGAGCUUCGUCAAGGGCUGGGGUCCCGAUUACCCCAGGCAGAGCAUCAAAGAGACCCCCUGCUGGAUUGAGAUCCACUUGCACCGUGCCCUCCAGCUCCUAGAUGAAGUCCUUCACACCAUGCCCAUUGCAGACCCACAGCCUUUAGACUGAGACCCCUCUGCUGCCCUGCUGCAGGCGCUCUGAGGAGGUGAAGGAUGAGGGUGGAUUGUACAAUACGGUUCUGUUUAUAACCUUGAAGAUAUAUUUUACUUCUUGUUCUGCUUAGCCCUUCUCCAGCCCAGGUGUUAAAAAUGCGUUUGCCGCCUUGCUCUUAGCAGGAAGAAACUGAACAUGCAGAAUUUGGAUUUGUUUUUAAUAUUUUUUGUGGUUUUUUUUUCCUAGGGGUUAUUUCAGAGCUUAAUUGUCCCUCAUAACAGCGUGGCUCAGGGGCUUGCAGUGGACAGUCAAGGCCUUCUUAGAGGCUUCACAGUGUUGGGUUUGAAACUUCCCUCCUCUAGGAUGGCAUCUGGGUGAUAAGCCUGGCAGGAGCAU